AUGACUGAAAGGCUCUCUACCCCUACUUCUGUGCUCAAGAUGGAUAUUGAAAGAGAUCAUAUCUUAGAUACUGCUGAGCCCUUAGUCAAUAAUACCCUCCUAGAUAGCAAUGUCCUUUCAGGUGAUGACUCUUUACACAAAGGAGAAUCUUCAGAAGAUGUUGAGAUCCCUCAUGUUGAAGAGCUGUCUGGAGUUGAAGAGAUCCCCCGUCUAGAUGAAAGCCAAUCUAGUAGUCAUCUUGUGGCCUUGCCCACAGAGCUCAUCCAACACAUCGCCUAUCUACUGCCGACCGAUCGAGAUCUUGCAAACUUCACGUCUACCUGUUCCUCUAUUUCUUUUCAAAUUCUUCCUGCUCAUUCGUCGGUUUGGAGAAGCCGCUUCCAUGCCCUCUACGAUGUUUCUCCCAAUAGAUCCAGCCUGGAACUAAAGAGAGAGUACCAGAUCCGUUCCAUCGUCUUGCGAAACCCGAUCAGCUUUCAGGAUGGAGAGACCGAGAAACAGACGCUCUGGCUGGAGACGAUGAAAACCCUGAUUCUAGAGGCCCUCGAAAUCCCUUACAAGAAUGGACAAUGGUUCUCGAAGAACGUGGAGACAAUCCGUCGCUUGCUUUGCCAUACCAGAUUCCUCGAUAGACCCGUCGUUGGAUCUGACGGUGUUACUAUCCCUUCAGACUUGUUCUGCAUUAACCAACUGCUAUUAACUAGUCUAGCCCUCCAUCCUAAAAUGUCCAUCGGCUGCCUGCGAACAGACUAUGAUCUCGACAUCAUCUACAGCUUCCAUGGUCAACGUGCAGAGUUUAUUCAGAAUGGAAAGGUCAACUUGCAGAUCUUGAUGCACAUUCGGAAUUUCUGGCACCGCCACGUCCUGAACCACGAUGAGAAUACAUUCUUCUACCUUUUCAUCAACCUGAAGGAGGAUCGACUGCCGGGUCUCUUGAAAAGUCUCGAGCUCAAGGACUUGCCGCUGAGCCCCUACUGGCUAGGCUUCACCUCCUGCCUUCAUCCGCUGCCCGACGGUCUGGAGGAAGACGAAGAAGAACGCCAGACCUGCGCUGAUCUCGAGGACCACGUGGAGUGGGUACCUCUCUGGGCCAUGUCGAUCCAUAUCGACAGAGAUCCGGCAAACUGGCCCCCCGUCUUCCAGCAGGUUCUGCCUUUCAUGGACGGGCCGGAGAACCGCGUGUACUUCAAGGGCACGCGGGGGGAGAAAUGCGCAACGGCGAAGGUGGAAGAGAGAUAUCCUCUGCGGGGGUUCGUCGAACCCUUCAGGCACCCCCAGGGAGAAAUCCCUGGGUGGAAGCGAGUCUGCUGGGCCGUCUACUACCCAAAGAGUAGAGAGCUGCCUUUGGUCCCGCAUGACGCGGUCGACCAGGAGAUCGACUCCUGGUUUCCGCAGGAAGUGUGGCCGCCCACCGGCAUCGAAGACGACUUCUACGAGCUCUACUUCUUCGAGGGGGUAGUCUUGCCCGGCGGCCGCGUCAUGCUGGGAUACUGGCAGGAUGCCCUUUGGCAGGAAGGGGAUGGCCCGUUUAUCUUCUGGGACACCGAAAGGGCAUUUGCAGAUGAGAUGAUUCCAAAAUCAAGUUAGUUAGGCAGUUAGCCUACGUAUAAGUAUUACUCC